CUUCCUAUUCACUGAUAGUGACACGCAUUCACCGGUCAUCUAGACUUAUUAUUGUUGAACCCACCUCGCCGGUUCAGGAUAAUAGUUUGUGGUGCUGGUUUAUGAUCGGCCGUUUGUUCAGUAACGUGUCUCACAAGGUGCAGAGUUUGUUGUACCGGGCGUCGUUGAUGAUGAAGCCGCAGGUUGUGUUCGUACUGGGCGGGCCUGGCGCCGGCAAAGGGACCCAGUGUACCAAAAUUGUGGAGAACUACAGCUACACCCAUUUGUCAGCUGGGGACUUGCUGAGAGCAGAGCGUGCUAGAGAGGGGUCACAGUUUGGGCAGCUCAUUGCCAGCUACAUCAAGGAUGGCAAAAUUGUCCCAGUGGAGAUCACCAUUGAUUUACUCAGGAAGGCAAUGGAAGAGAUGAUGAAGAAAGAUGAGAAAAUGUUCCGUUUCCUCAUAGACGGUUUCCCACGCAAUGAGGACAACCUUCAGGGGUGGAACCGUGUCAUGGAUGGCAAAGCAGAUGUCAAAUUUGUGCUUUUCUUUGACUGCGCCAUUGAGGUUUGCAUCGACAGAUGUUUAGAAAGAGGGAAGAGCAGUGGACGCACAGAUGACAACAGAGAAAGCUUGGAAAAAAGAAUCCAAACCUACCUGCAGUCUACACGACCAAUCAUUGAACAGUAUGAGAAACUCGGGAAGGUGCGCACCGUAGAUGCCUCUCGUUCUGUUGACGAGGUGUUUGCUGGUGUGAAAGCCAUUCUAGACAGAGAGGGUUGAACUUUUCCCAGCUGCAAACUACAUUCAUUUAUCUUUUUAGUUCCUCUUUUUAUUAACUGCAAGUACACUAUAAUAGGUUUAUGUAUCAAUAUGACUUUUUACUUUGGUUACUUGUUUUUGUUCGUCUUUUUUAUAAAUGCUGCACUCUUUGUUGUGUGUGGGGGUGUGUGUGCGAUAUGCAUCUGUGUGAAUGAGAAGUAGGACAUGCUGAGCAGCUACUUGUGAUCAACUAGUUCAUGCUCAGAAGAGCUCCCAACUCAUCAGCACUCAUAUUUUGAGGCCUUCUGAUAAGAAUGAAAUGUAUUGUUAGCUAGAGAGAUGCUUUUUUUUUUUGUCAAACACACAUAGAGUACUGGAAGUCUGAAUAUUACUAAUGUAUCCAGAGUCUCAUGGAAGCAGCCAUAAUGCUUCAGACCAAAUUGUUGUGUGAUGAUCAACCAGGACUGAUAAGGCUUUACAGAAUAGUCAGCAGCCUGUCUGCCAUCCAAAUACAAACUAUACAACUGUCUUAUAGUUAAUGGGCAGAAUAACAGGGACAUGGCUGGUUGCUUUUGCGCCAUGGUAGUGAUCAGGUACUCUUGUUUCUGCAAUAGAUGGCUUGUUCUUUGAUGAAUGUUUGACUGUACAUGUCUGUGUGCUUCAACACUGCUGUGACAUGUGGGACAGGUCAUACUGGAGCAAAAACAUGGAGAUAAAAACAAGUAUCACCUCUGCUGGUUCUGCUUGAAGGAGGGGGGAUAAAACUUAAAUGUAAAAAAAUGUUUCCUUUUUUUCUUUUGUUUUUCUCAAUUAAUCUUGAUCUCUGUUCAUUACUGUGUGAGGGCUGCCCAUUCAAACAGUAUGUUUUAUUUUGCUUCUGUAUUUUACUGUACAAGCACAGUACUCUGGUCUAUUGCAUAAGAAGCUCAAAUUAUUAACUUCUCUGUAAUUUACAAUAACACAAAACUUGUGAGCUUGGUAGCUUUUAACGUGAACAGCAGCAGGGGCCACUUGAUAACACUGUUGUCAAAGUUUAUUAUUUUUUUCAUUGACUGAAUAGGAUUUCAUGGCAGAUAAAAUAUGGCUUACUCAUGACUCAUAAGUACUGUAAAUUAACUCUGAAAUGUUUUGAUGUUUAAAUGCUGAACUGAAGACGGAAAUAAUUUAAUAUACAAAUAAAUAU